GAGAAGUGUCUAGUUUGUCCCUGCCCAUCUCACUGUCAUACACAGGUAGAGCAGAAGGGGGCGGAAAGGGCAGCAGCUCCCUCUGUGGCAAGAGCGACAGGCGGCUCCCUCUCAACGGGAAGGAGCGAGCCAGCCAAGAAAUCCCACGCGGAAGUCCAUUCUUCGCGAGCGCCGGGGAGGUGGAUUGUAUGGCACUUUGCUAGAGAUAAGCGGGGAGCGCGAACGAAGCAUGCUGAGGUGCCCUUCGAGAGCGCGGGCUGCAGGAUCGAGUUGGAAGAAGAAGAAGAGAGCUUUUCCUCAGAGUGGGGCACGAGGAAAAAGAGGCGAGGGAGAAGCACUAACUUCUUAUCACCAUGCAGGAUGAAAUUGCAUUGAUGCCUUUGUCCCCUUUAGAAGACCGUGAGGCUCUGAAUCCAAAUCCAACUCAAUGGGAUUUUGUCUUGGUUUGUGAUGAUCAUGAACGCUUCAGUGAGAAGAAUCGCAAAAAAAGGAGGUUUUUGGAGGAACUGUCCAAGAAAGGGUUCCUUAUCAAGGAAAUUAAGGACAAAAAGCUAUUUAAUGGAGUCCAAGCCCCAAGUGGAAUCUUCCGAAAAUACCAGUGGCUUUUGAGGAAUCCUGAUAUUGAAUCAGAGAGGCUGUGUACACAGCAACAAGAAGAGCAGCAGGGAGUGCCUGUUACAACAAGGAUAAGUAUUGUCAGCUAUAUCCUGCAGAACACCGAGAUUAAUCCUGAUGAGAAGCUUCAUGACCUGAUAAAGCAGAAGGUCUUUGAAACAGCAUUUCCUCUACAUGAGAGAGAGAAACUGAAUAAAUUUCUUGAGCUGAAUUGGGCCCGGUGGGGAGCCAUUUUCCACAAACAGCCAAUUGAAGAAAUCAGGGCAUAUUUUGGGGAGAAAGUUGCCCUCUAUUUUGCCUGGCUGGGUUGGUACACUUGCAUCUUGCUUGCAGCUGCCAUACCCGGCAUUUUCCUUUUCAUAAUUGGAUCAAUAUACUUCAGUUCCAGUCAGGUCAGCAAAGAGAUCUGUGAAGCCAAAACUACAGUCAUGUGUCCACUCUGUGAUCAAAAGUGCCCAUUUUGGGCACUGUCAGACACUUGCACAUAUUCAAAGGUCACCCGUUUGCUUGACAAUGAAGGGACAGUAUUCUUUGCAAUAUUCAUGGCUCUCUGGGCCACUGUAUUCUUGGAGCUGUGGAAGAGAAAGAGAGCUAGAGUGGUCAGUGGAUGGAAAAUGUAUUGGUGGGAUGAAGAAGAGGAGGAGCUGGCCACUGAUCUCAUUGGUAAUCCAGACCAUCCUCCCCGGCAAUACCAACACUCUUAUUUCCACAGCACUGUUGUGCUAAUCUUAGUUCUGCUUAUGAUCUGCCUGAUAAUUGGUAUUGCCCAUGCACUUGUCAUCUAUCGGGUCGUGGUAACAGUCAUCUUUACUCAGUCCAACUCAGAAUUGUUCCGAGAACGAGCCACCACCAUGGCAGUACUCACGGGGGCUGUGUUGCACUACUUGACGAUCAUCAUUAUGAGCAAGGUAAACAGGCGUGUAGCACUGUUCCUUUGUGAUCUGGAGAAGCCACGGACAUUCUCUGACCGUGAGAGAAACUACACAAUCAAACUCUUCACCUUCCAGUUCUUCACACAUUUCUCUUCUCUGAUCUACAUUGCUUUCUUCCUAGGGAGGAUUAAUGGUCGUCCAGGGGACUACGUACGUAUUUCUGGCAAGUGGAGACUGGAAGAAUGCCACCCUAGCGGCUGCCUCUUAGACCUCUUUAUCCAGUUGGCCGUAAUCAUGACAUUAAAGCAAACCCUCAGCAACUUUGUGGAAUACAUGUGUCCCUGUCUCAUCUACAAAUGUAAUCUGCUGCGUUCAAAUCCCAAAAACAAUGGCAGAGUUCACAUGGAGGAGAGGGUCCAGAAUCCAUGCAAAGAGGAAUGGUUAUGGAAUUAUCAACUUAAUGAAGUCAAUAUCUUCAGUUUGUUUGAUGAAUUCUUGGAGAUGACAAUUCAGUACAGCUUCACCACUAUUUUUGUGGCUGCCUUCCCCCUUGCUCCACUGCUGGCCUUUAUCAACAACAUCAUUGAAAUUCGACUGGAUGCUAUCAAGAUGGUGAAACUGCAGAGGCGCAUCGUGCCUAGGAAAGCCAAUGAUAUUGGUGUUUGGCUGCAAGUCUUGGAGGCAAUUGGUAUUUUGGCUGUCAUUGGCAAUGGCAUGGUGAUUGCCAUCACAUCUGAUUUCAUUCCCAUGCAGGUGUAUAAAUACACAUACAGCCCAUGCCUGCAGGAGAACAACACUGGCAUAGAUUGUUUGACAGGUUACGUCAACUACAGUCUUUCGGUAUUCAACGUCCAGGAUUUUGAGAAUCGCAAGGAAAUGGCAGAAUUUAAUGACCUCAUGGGGAAUAAUAUCACACACUGCAGGUACCGGGACUAUAGGAACAGUGAUGACUACCGCUAUUCUGUCCAGUUUUGGCAUAUUUUUGCAUCACGCCUUGCCUUCCUUAUCUUAUUUGAACAUGUGGCCCUGUGCAUCAAGCUGAUUGCAGCCUGGUAUGUACCUGAUGUCCCCAUGAAAGUUAAGAAUUGGCACCUGAGAGAGAAAAACAAGCAAUUGGUGGAAAAGCUCAGAGUAAUGGACGACUCCACAGAUGUAUAAUGAAAUGCUGAGGAUGGUGCUAAGAUCAAGGAAAGACAUUCUAAAGCAUGUGUAACAGAAUGGUGCCAAAAGCUUUGAAGAUGCCAGCUGAGCUCUGCAGGCCUAGCCCGUUCUCUUUCAUGUACUGUUCUCGGACUUUGCCUCCUCACUGAAAUGGAAUUAUUCAAAUAUAUCUUUUCACAAUAAGACUACUUUGAAUACUUCUGUGAGAAGUGAGACUCCAUUAUAGAGACAGUGCCAUAUGUCCAUGUGUGGGCAGAAUUAGGUUUGCACUGUCAAUAACCCAAUGCUGAAAAGCUAAAAGCAUUUUGGUUUUGCUAAAAUUUCUAUGCUCUUCCACUGUAAGUAGCAGGUAAGAUCUUAGAGUUGAUGCAUGCUACCAUUGACAACAUAUCUCACACUGAACACUCACAAAAUGCACUACAUGACUCAUGAGCAACAGUAAAGCUAAAGUUUGUAGGAGUAGAUCAAAUUUUCCUUCUUACUUUGCUAAUGUUACUGAUUGGGAUAGAAAUAUAUUCCUUGUGGAAUCUGGAUUUCUUGAGUAUUAUCCAAAGACAUAUGCAUUUAGCACACCAAAAGUUAUUUUUAGAAGUUCCUUAUUGGUAAUAAUCCCUACAAAACUACUUUGAGAAGUUCCCACGAGUUCAUAAAGCAGUUUCGGACAUUGGGUGAGAGAGCUACUUAAAUGGAAACACACUGAGAAAAACAGUGUACCAGGAGCAAUUUCCCUGUUGAGUACUUCUGAUGCCAAAUCCCCAAACCAAGUUGACUGGGAAAAGUCUUCAAAAUAACUAGCGUGUGCUACAUGUGUACUGGUGGAUCACUCUCCUUGCUUAUUUAAUAAGAUGCCCUUUGAUGUGGGGAUAAAUUUCUUUUGUGUGUCAAUUUACAAAAUGGGGUCAGUUAACUACCUACCUCACAAAAAUGAGAGGCGUAUUCAAAACUGAAAUCCCAUUUUUAUUUUAAUAUGUUAAGGCCUUGUCUGUGGCCCUCUUCAGACACUUAAAAUGUGGCCGGGGGUGGGAGAGGCAGAGCUAUACUCACAAAUAGUGUCCUGAAAACAUGCCCUGAAGCCCUGCCCCAGUGCUGGUGUGCUCAGAAGCCUCACUCUUGCACUGCCCAUACUUAGUGUUUACUUUUCAUGUCUGAAGAGGGCUUAUAUUCUUUUCUUAACAUCUGAAGUGGUGCUGAACCAGUUCGGACCAUAUACGAACUGGUUCGACAUCGAACCAGUGCACGAACCUCUGUUCAUGAGCAUCCCUAACCCCCAUGCCCCACUUCCAAUCAAGUGUCUAAUAAUUUUGAGAAACAAAGCAGAGAAAAGAAACAGCAGCAAUAAAUGUUGAGGCUUUGAGUUGUCUUUUACAUGUAAGUUACAAAUACUUGUAACCAUUCACCUCUUAUCUGGACUGAGCAGAGCAGCUGAAUUAAUGCUGGAGUUGAUUUUUCACUAUGUUUUUAACAUUCUGACCUUUGAAUUCUCCCACUUUUCAUUGUUUGCAAGUUUUGCCCCAUUUUGUAUGUAUUAAAUUACUUACUUGUACUGAGAAUAUAAAAGUGCUUCUUUUGCUAAAGGGCACUCCUAUGUUGUUGUUUUUUAUCCUGAACAGAAUCCUGGGUAAGUAAUUCAGCACUUGAUUUCAGUGGUCAUAACUGUACUCUCUGGAUCCUGAAGUAAUGUAGUUGGGUCUCUUGACCCAUAAUGUGUGCAAAGAUAAAGUUACCUUUUGGUACCUAAUACCCUAUCUAUUAAUCAACCUAUGUCCCAUUUUUUGCUUUGACAGAUUUUUAAUCCCAUUGCAAGUCAGAUUUGGGCAGUAAUCUCAACUACAAUCUCUUAAACCCAAUGGGACUUGAUUCUAGCUAGAUGUGCUUAAGAAUCUAUGUAGUAAUGCCUCCGUCAUGAAAACAUUUUGCUCAGGGAAGCUCUUUGAACAUUAGUGGAGUCUUACAGCAGUAUGAAGAUCAGAGUUUUGGCUUGCUGGAUUACUUGAGCAGGAAUCCUUACCUAUUGAAUUAGGAGCCUUAAUUCCAUUUUCAAUUCCUCAGGUUUUCUGAUCUUGUGUUUCUCAUCUUGUUUGAAGUUGUACUUUUAAAGGAAACUGACAAUUAUCCUGAACUCCUGUGCAAUAAAUGUAAUUUUUAUUAAUUUUUUUGUACAAUAAACUUUUUAAAAAUAAAACAUGUAGGAUGGAAACCAAAUGGAUUAACUUUAUUUUGGUUUGGCAGCCAUUCUGUUUUUUGGGAGAGACCCCAGCCUUCAUUAUUAUACCACAGUUCUGCAGUGCCUGUAGGCAGAAGUGCUCGGGAUGGGCUACUCUUUUUUUUCCUCUCUCACCUUCCUCCCAGCUACUUGGCACAAUUUCUCUAAGAGGAUGCAGGUAUGAGCUAGACAGGCCUGCUCAACUUAGACCCCCCAGCUGUUUUUUAAUUACAACUCCCAUAAUCCUGAGCCACAGUGACCAACAACCAGGGAUUAUGGGAAUUGUAGGCCAACAUCUGCAGGAAGGCUGAAGAUGAGCAGCCCUGAGCUAGUGAGGUUGCACAUUGUGAUCCUAUUUUACUCUUCAUUUCUUUCUCUUCCCUGCCCCUAUUUUUCUUCUAGUAUUGUUACUAGUGGGGCCAUUAUUUUGGA